GUCGUUCCCAGGCCCAUUUGAAUGGCCAAACGGAAAGAUCCAAGACUCUCUGGUGAGAAUCUUAAGACGAUGAAAGCAAGGAUUUGCAUAUCGGCUUCUUUUCAACUCAACACUAGCCAUUUUAAGUUAUUGAGGGUGGCUGGCUCCAAUGAAGACUGUGUAUAUCAGUGGAACAUUACCAAAUCCAGAGAUAAAAAGAAAGUUCAAUCUUUCCAGAUGCCGACAGAUGAUGAAGAAGAAGAAGAAGAAGAAAUCACUUCAUACUUGCAAAGGGAAGAGCGUUGUGGAGAUGGAUAUUGUUGCUUCUUCAAAAGGAAUUCCAAUUCAUUGUCAACGGGACAUAAUGAUGGAGAUCCUCAGCCGGUUGCCCGUGCCUUCUCUUUUCCGAUUCAAAUGUGUUUCAAAAUCUUGGGAUAAUAUAACCUCCGACCCUUACUUUAAGAUGAAGCAUCAAAGUUGUCAUGCGUUACAUAAUUCCAUUAAAUUUCUUUUUGUCCAUCACGACUUCAAUAAGACACAUAGUUUAAACUUUUAUUCUUCUUCUUCUUUAUCAUCCUUUGAGGAUGUACAAAAAGUUGAUAUCCCUUCAAACAUUGCACCAUUUCGUUGCACAAUGUUUGCUUCUUGUGAUGGGUUGGUUCUUAUUGGAUUUGCAAAUAAAUUUCUUGAUCAGCUUAUGCUGUGGAACCCCUCCACAAGAGAAUCAAUACAACUUCCCCUUCCAGAAUUUAGAAUUUUGGAUUCUACUUUCGGAUUGGCAUACGAUGAAGCUUGUGAUGACUAUAAGAUACUUAAAGUUCACCGGUUCAAAGAGCGAAACCCUGAGAAACCAGCCAGUGAAAUUCUCGCGCUAAAAAGUGGUUCUUGGAAAAAAGUCUGUGCCCGUUCAAGAAUCUUUUGGCCUUGGACAGAUAGGUUACGUCGUAUGGAUCCUUUGGUAUUUGUUCAUGGGGCAGUUCAUUGGGUUGUUAGAGGGUCAGGUCCUUUUGUGGUUUCAUUAAGUAUUUCAACUGAGGUAUAUGGAAAGAUACCGUUGCUACAGAAAAUGUGCGAUCAUAUUUCCCACUCUUCCAGGGAAUAUGGCGUUACAGUAUUGGAAGGAAUGCUUUGCUUUUCUUCCACUUGUAAAUUUCAUGAGGAGGCUACUUUUAAGUUGUGGGCAAUGAAAGAAUAUGGUGUCAAGGAAUCUUGGACUGAAUUGUUUAACAUAAAUGUUCCUGGUCUUUAUGUAGCCAAACCUAGAUAUAGGUUUGCAGAUGGUGAUGUACUACUUCGCUGCCGCAUAAAUGGAUGUGAGACAUUAAGGACAUCCAAAGGACCAUUUAGAUUAUGGUCUAAGUCACUCUCAACACCAGGUGACAGGGUUGAAGGCAAAAGCAGUAAAAUCAUGAGAUCAUCUGACUGUACAUAUGUUCUGAGGUUUAAAGCAAUGAAACUAGCUGAUGUAGUGGCAGCGGCAAUUGUGAUGGUGCUGCAACCAGAUGAGCAUGAGGGCGCUCAUCAGAAGAUGGGUCAUCAUCGCCCUGGUCCAAUAAUUGCAUGUGCUGCAACUUGCAAUAAGAGUACACAAGCAGGAUUAAAAUUAUAG